AGCGCAGGACCCAUCGCGGGUUCUUGUGGUCGAGUCCGUUGUAGAGGAUCUCGUGAAUCACCCUUUUUGUUUUCUGUCCCCUUAGAUCCGUUGUCUAUAGUUGAAUGUCUUCUCCGUUACCACUUGGUGCAUGAUGGGAUCCGUCGAAUCCGACUCCGUCCUCUCUUUCUUCAGUCAACAGUGUUGCCAACACCCAGACAACACUGCUAUCGACGAUGGGCCAAAUGGCAAACUUUCCUACAGUCAACUCGACCAUCAGUCUUCCACACUUUCCCAUUGCCUACGUCAGAAUGGAAUCACGGCAGGCCAAGUGGUUCCUCUCCUGACGACCUCCCGUCAGGAAAUGGUCAUUGCAGUCCUGGGAAUCCUUAAAGCCGGUGGAGUCUAUGUGCCCGUCGAUGUUGAUCAAUGGCCUGCGGAUCGCAUUAACUAUGUGUUGAGCCGUACAUGUUCGGGCCUCGUGGUCUAUACGGGCGACCAUAUCCCCUCCGGUGUGAACCUGGAGGAAGAGUGUCGCGCUGUCCAGGUUCAUAUUCGGCCUGAAAGCAAACUCGAAGCACAGUACGAGCCCAAUCCAAGACCACAGUUAAUGUGUAUCAUCUUUACCUCUGGCACUACCGACAAACCAAAAGGCGUCAUGGUUCCACAUAGCUCUGUUGGUCGGUUCGUAACAUCACCGGGCUUCAACUAUGAUAUAGUGCCGGGAGACCGGGUCUUGUUGGUACUUUCGGUAGCAUUCGACGCAUGCAUGGGUACCUUGUUCAACACGAUCUGUAACGGAGGCACGGUGAUCCUGGCCAACAGAUUAAACUUUCAGGAACGGUCUCGACAAUGCACAAUUCUUGUCGUGACGCCAUCCAUUCUGGAUGUGCUGAGCCCUCCUCAAUCUCCAUCGGACUAUCCCAACCUGGAACGUAUUUUCCUUGGUGGCGAAACUCCGUCACAACAAUUGCUGAAGGCGUGGUCAGCCUUCAACGAUGUGGCCCUCUGGAUUGCCUAUGGUCCCACCGAAGCUACCUGUGCAGUGUUAUGUGGUCGUCUCCAAGCAUCCAGUGAGACUGGCAAAUUCCAUCCCACGAGGCUUGGACACUGCAUCCCCGGCUCGAAUGUGCUCUUGCUCACCGAGGAAAUGGAAACGGUCCAGGAUAUCGACAUGGAAGGGGAAAUAUGUAUCGAAGGUCCAUGUUUGACGGAUGGGUAUUGGCAAGAUGAGGAGCGUACAAAAGACCGAUUCAUAGAGCAUCAGGGGCGACGUGUCUACCGCACUGGCGAUCUAGGUCGAUUCGUGACCACAGAGGAUAGCGAGACCGCCAUAGAAUUCUGUGGGCGGCGUGACAGGGUUACCAAAAUCCGAGGGUUUUUGGUUAACCUAGAAUUGGACGUCGACGCUGGUCUUCGACGCCUUGAUCCGGAUAUUACUGCUGUCUUCUCCGUGGUGAUUGAUAGAAAGCUCUGCACAGCAGUUGUGCCAUCAUCGGUUGAUUGUCGCCAUCUAAAGGCAGCUUGGCGGCUGGUGGCGCCGCCCUACCUCGUGCCUGAUAAGAUGGUUGCCCUCAAUGACCUCCCGCUGACGGCAAACGGAAAAUUCGAUCCUCGACAAGUUAUUAGCAUCUUGCGGGAUGCAGUACAGAAAGACGAGACUAUGCAGAACGGUACAUCGCACGACAACCCUGAUGCCAAUAACCGAAAGCAGUACAGCUGGCAUUCAGGCCUUUUAACGAUUGACCAGACAAUCAUCAAAGGCAUCCAGCAGGUCUUGGGCAUCUCUCAGGCCGAAAUCAAUCUGAAAGACUCUGCCGUGUUUCAAGGCGUGCAUUCAUUAGCUGCAGCUAAGUUAUCGACAUUUUGCCGCCAUCAUGGAUACAACGUCUCUGUCGAGAGCAUUCUCACGGAACCAUCCCUUCACUCUUUGAUUGAGAAAAGCCGCCAUGAAACCGAGGAUAGACCGGAUAGCUCGGCAUUUGCCACAAGGACGCCGGAAGAAAGCUCUAUGCCCACCCAAAGACCAGUUACGCCCUUGCAGAAGCGGAUGGUUCUCGAUAGUAUAGUAGAGGAUCCUAGGGCCAAUUGCCUCCAGCAUAUCUCUUGGUAUAAGACGGAAGACAUUGGAAGACUCCGAGAGGCCUGGAAAACGGUGGUAACCCAUGAGCCCAUUUUCCAGACUAGUUUUGAGCUGGAAGAUACGCAAGAGCCAUUCCAGAGACUCAUCGGUGCUGGGCUUUUUAUAUGGGAAGAGACAACUGUUACCACAUACGCAGCCAUUGAAGAGAGCCUCAAGUCUCUUCCUGCCGCCACCAGGCUAGGAUCCCGAUUCCGCGUGCUGCAUUGUGUCGGACCGGAGUUUCCCCACAGCGAGAGCAUUUUUGUAUGGGCGGUGCAUCAUGCGCUCAUCGACGGUUACUCCGCUUCGUUGGUGUUCGAAAAGGUCGACAAAGCGCUGCAAGAUGAGCCCUUUGAGUCUUCCCAUCCUUUCAUGCUUGCCGCACAAGAUAUCGCCCGAAUGCGGGAUAAAAUAGCACCCGAAGUCGACCACUUCUGGAAAGAUCAAGAGACACAGUAUCCUGGGGCAGCGGGAGAGCCUCUCAUCCCGGAGGCGUUGACGGACCAAAGCGGGAUGGACUUUGCUGAGCAUGUCGUGAACGUUGGUAUAGAUAGCCAACGCCUGCGCUUCGCGGCACAGCAGGCCCAGGCUACUCCGGCCGCCAUUUUUUAUGCAGCAUGGGCAUUGUUGCUCUCCAGCUACACAAAUUCAGACACGGUGAUCUUUGGGGCUGUCUUCUCCGGAAGGAAUCUUCCAUUCUCAUGGGCCCCGUGCAUGGUCGGACCGCUGCUCAAUAUUCUGCCCUUGCGGUGCCGUAUUGAACGCGAGAUCGAAUCUGCCAGUUUUGUUCGCGAAAUUCACCAAACAAUCCAGGAUAUCUCUCGGUUUCAGGUUGCGGAUCGUCCAAAAGACACCCCACCGUUUGCAAGCACUUUGACCGUGCAAGAUUCUGGUCUUCGGUCUGGGACUACUGUUAUCCCUUCACUUCGGAACCCAGAAGUCAGAGAGUCAAAUUUGCUCCCGCUCACGGUGGUAGUCGAAACUGACGGCCAGAUCACCUUCCUAUAUCGGACAGAUCGGUUCUCUGAAAGCCACAUGAAGGACAUGGCAGCCAUUUACACGAGCUUACUCGAUGCCUUUCUCGAUCCGGGACGAAGUCUACAGGACUGUAUGGAUCGCCGAUUUCCAACUGAAAUGAACCGGACCAUACUGCAGACAGGAAACAUCGAUUCCCAAAUCGCGCGGGUUCCUUCUGUAAACGGGGGACACACUCUUUCCAGUCUCUUCGGUAUGGUCGCUAGCCUACACCCCACACAUGUCGCGGUUCGAAAGGGACCACAUUCAGUUACCUACGCUACAUUGGUUCAACAUGCAGCUCGGGUAGCUGCAGUAAUUGAACAAAAGACGCAGCCAGGGGAAGUGGUGGCCAUCCUGGCCGAUAGAUCAAUCAAUUGGAUAGUCGGCAUUAUGGGGGCCACGAUUGCCAACACAGUGUAUUGUCCGUUGGAUUCAUCAUAUCCGGCUGAGUACCGAGAAGACUUGCUUCGGCGCAGUCAUGCCAAGAUAUUCCUGGUCCCAAGCAGGUCACAACUCCCAACAGCCGAUAACGGGGUCGCAGCCAUUUCCAUCGAAGACAUUCUGGCUAGCGAUAUCGAACCACUCUGCCCAUGGCGAACACAAACACCUAGCGACGGGGCGUACAUUUGCUUCACGUCAGGUUCAACAGGUGUUCCGAAAGGCGUCCUUUGCCUGCAUCAAGGGGUGGUUUCGCUGCAAUCGUGCUCCGUGGAAGGACGGCUGCAUAGUAAACCUGGACGGCGUAUCGCUCAGUUCAUGUCAACUGGUUUCGAUGUCUGCGUUCAUGAGGUUUUCGCCAGUCUUUGCUACGGAGCCACACUAGUCCUGCGCAAAGACGAUGAUGACCCCUUUUCUCAUUUGGCUGAUGUGGACGUGGUGUCCAUGAAUGCGACUGUUGCUGACUCGCUAGAUCCUUCAGAGUAUCCUGAUUUGGACUAUGUUUACCUUGCUGGGGAGCCAAUCCCACAAAGAACAGCAGACAAAUGGGCAAUAGAUCGAGAGCUGUACAAUGCAUAUGGACCUACAGAGGCCACAAUCAUCGUUACGAGGACACAGCUCGAAGCGGGCAUUCCAGUCGCUAUCGGCCGGCCGUUCCCUUCUGUAAGAGCAUACAUCCUUAACGACCGUAGGGAGCUUCAGCCGCCAAACUCUCUGGGCAAUCUCUUUGUCGCGGGGGUACAAGUGAGCCACGGAUAUCUCGACCUACCUGAAGUCACUGCCAAGUCAUACUUCCCUGACCCUUUUCUUCCCGAAUCUUCCAACGAGCGCAUGUACGACACCGGUGACAUUGGAUUCUGGGAUACAGACGGAAAGAUUCAGUGCUGUGGCCGUAAGGACCGUCAGGUCAAAGUACGCGGGUUCCGUAUUAAUCUCGAUGGUAUCUCGAACAUGGCCACCCUCCGCAUGCCUACAAUUCGCCACGCUGCUGCUUUUGUCAAGGACGGUGCAGUUGUGCUGUGCGUGGAGCCGGAAGACGUGGACACGGACGAGUUGCGGACCCGACUAAAGGAUGCCCUGCCCCCGCAUGCAACCCCCCGGACCAUACAUUCCAUUGCACAUAUUCCGUUAUCGUUGAACGGGAAAAUCGAUGUCAAGGGUUUGGCUGCUAUGGAAGUUCGCAAUGGCACGGUGCCGACCAAUGGGGUUACCAAGACAAGUAAGCUGGAUUCAGCCCGACAAACGAGCAGCAAUGGCCUGAGUAAUGGUGUUUCCGAUGCCUCGAGCGAAACACACCUUGAGAAGCUUAUCAUUCAAGAGUGGCAACAGCUCCUCGGCCUUGAUCCAUCGCAACCACUUUCCAGAUCAGACGACUUUGUCCUUCUCGGAGGCGAUUCUAUUCGACAACUCAACUUGGCGGCACGCCUUCGGUCCGUACUUGGGCUUCCAAUCAAGGUUAAGGACAUCAUCCGGUCCUCCACGUUGGGUGACUUGGUUACUCUAGUUGUGCAGCGGCAAGAGCAGCAUGGAAAGAAGAAUGUACCUAACGGUGCACCUGCUCACAAUGCCGUGGAUCGACCACUGGGAUAUAAGAACCUCUCACCCCCAGAAAUGGAAUGGGCGUGUAAGUAUCGCCAUUCGCAGUCGCAGUCAACCUUCAAUGUGCCUUACGUUGCACGGCUCUCACCGGCAGUUGACUGGCAACGUCUCGCGAGCGCCUUGGAAACGGUCCUCAAUCGCCAUCGCGUGUUGAGAUCGCGAUUCACUGUGAGAAAGGAUGGAAGUGGCGAACGUGUUUUGUCUGAACACCCAAUCAGUGUACAACGGACAGUGCAUGAUGUCGACAUUCAAGGGGUGAUAAACCGGCCCUUUGGAAUCGACAGCAGUGAGGCCCUUAUCCACACGGUUAUAUCGCCAUCAACACUGGUCCUGUGUAUUUCGCAUAUCCUAUGUGAUCUAACGUCCAUCAACACGUUGUUAUAUGAAAUUGCAGCUACCUAUCGUGGAUUGGUCUUAUCUCCGGUGGUGCGUGAGUAUUUUGAUGUCACAUGGCACCACACGAUCGACCCGGAGAAGCAACGGUUCUGGGCAGAGUACCUAAAAGGCCUCGGCUUCAAGCAGCCAGAUCCAGUCAGUCAAGUCAAUGGAGCCAAUGGAGCCAAUGGGGUCAAUGGAGCCAACGGUUAUAAUCACUCGAACGGCACGAAGAUUCGCAAACCACGCUCGUACCGGGGAACCUCACGGACAACCAGUCUGCCCGACAGUCUGUAUCGUCGCCUUAUCAUAUCCUCGACCAAGAAUGGUUUCACAUUCCAUCAGUUUGGCAUGGCCGUUGCCGGACUCGUGUUGCAUUUUCUGACUGGUCGAGACGACAUUGUGCUCGGUUCCCCAUUCGUCAAUCGCCCUUCGUUCGAGGACCGACAGGUGAUCGGUUUAUUCCUGGAGCCGCUGCCCGUUCGUAUUUCCGUGAAGCACCAGAACGAAAAUGACAGCGGACCCGGAGCUCGCGAGUUCGUGCAGAGCGUCCGACAAUCCUCACAAUCGGCGCUAGCACACAGCGUACCCUGGUCGGAAUUGAUGUCCCAUUUGGGGCUCCCUUUCCCCUCCGCGCAGCCUCAGCUCUUUUCCUGUUGCGUCACUUUCCACGACGACCGCGGAACAGAGCCACCUCUGGCGAUACACGGCGUGGAGGGACAGUAUAUUUCAGCGGAGGGAGCGAAAUUCCCCUUGUUGUUCGAGUGGCAGGCCACCAGAGCUAGUGAGCAUGAGCAACUCACUAUGCGCCUUGAAUAUGACACCGAUUGGCUUUCUGCGGAGUUUGCAGAGAUUCUCGAGGCUCUCCUGUUGGAGUCCUUCCGGAUGUUGCUGGAGGAAGAGGACAGCCAUCACGGCGAAGUGAAAGAGCGGCUGGGAGAGGUGCUUCGGAGCGAUGCCACUCGUAUCGGAGUUGGUGUGGAUGAGAUAUAUGAGACGGCACGACAGUAUUUAACGGUGGUAUAGAUGAGUUGAUGUUUCUAUGCACAAUGGAGGUUGGGUUUGUUGCGGAUUCGAAGGCAGGAGGUCGGUUUAUCGUGGGGAAAUCAGGUGAUGAUAAGCUAAGAUCAGAUGUCCCGAAUAGGUAAUGCAACAACAUCGGCCUUUUCUAUUCAAUAGAAGAAGCCAACUGGUGGUUGUCGCUGACAUCCUUUACUCUAUAUUGCAAUAGUUCAAAAGUAUAUAUGUGCAGGAGGUAAC